ACACACACACACACACACUCACACAUACACAUAUAUACACAGACACACAACAGAUAUGACCUCUGGCGAGAUGAGCUCUCUGGGUGCCCUGUCGUUGACUGUGUGUGUUUCUUCCAGCUGGCACAUAAGAGCCUCUGUAUCCAGACAAAGAGCGGUGCUCCGGGCCCGCUGCUCCGCCUGCGGAGGUGGGGGAGGAGGAGGGAGCGGUGGUGGAGUUCCUCCUGUCAGCCUUUGUGUCCUAAUUGAAGUUUUUCUGCCUCUCAACCCUCCCGUCUUUCCUCCCCCAUGCUGGUUAGAGGAGGAUGAAGGGGGGAGGAGUGGACCUGACUGUGGUUUGAGGGGAGGGUUUCAUAUCAGGCUUUGUUGCUGCUGGCAUGAUGCUCGUCUCUGGUUGCCCUCCUCUUUAGCACACAUUUUCAUAAACACAGAGAUAGCUUGGUCUGAUGAAAAGGCAGGGUGCUGUGAGGGGGAUUCUGCCAGCUCUGUUUCUGGGAACAGGACGCAACAGGAGAGCUAAUGUGCUAAAUGAGCUAAUGUGCCCAUUAAAACGUGACAGUAAUAAUUUGAAAAUCAAUAAAGCUGGCUACGUAAUCCUUAAUUGCAUAAUGACAAAGCUUGAUCACAUUGUACUGUAAUCAGAUUUUUUUGAGUUUUGAGGGUGUGGUCAUAUGAUGGUUUUAAAGCAGAUAUUGCUCUGAAAGUGGCUAAGAAUAUACGUACAGAAGCAGAAUGAGUCAGAGGGUUGGACAGUUUGGAGAAAAUAUCUCUGUUUUAUAAGUAAAUGUGGCAUGAACAGUGCGAAACAAGAUUUGUUUGCAGCAAACAUAAUCACAAACUUUAUUUUUCUUGAAAAAAAAAAAAAAAAAAAAAGCUCCAACCGUCCAUCCAUGUGGUUUCCACUUUACCAGUAUAUUCUGUAUUGGUCCAACCACCUUUCCACAGUUAAUACAUGUACACACACUGAUGUUUGUGUGUCUGUUGUUCAGAAAUGUGCCAGAAAGAGCAAGUUGCCACGGGAACAGAAGACUGAAGUAGCUUAAAACACGACAUCUGAACCAGUCACUCUCUCUUUUCCUGACUCUGUUUCACACAGAGCAGCUCUUUGUUGUAUGUGGCUGUCAAGUGGCAGUGAUCUUGAGCUGAUCACGUAGUGCGUUUCUUCGGAAGCCCAAUAAAAAAAAAACAAAAAAGAAAAAAAAACAUGAAACUGUCAUCAGAAGAAGGAAACCAAAUCUCUUAGGAAGAGAGAAUCUCUUGCUGCAGAAACAUGCUAAGUAUGUUUUUGAAAUCAGUAUAAAUAUGGCCUGCAGUUACACUGUCACGACGCUCUACAGAUGUCAGUUUUCUGUGUUGGUUCAACCAAAAAAAAAAAAAAAAAAAAAAAGCUUUAAGUACACUUCCCUUUCCACCGCAACCAGUGUAACAAAGGACGUGAAUUCAAGCCAGCUUUAAAGAUAACUGUGCCUCUCUUUCCUCUUAUUUAUUGUUUUGUCUUUAUUUUAAUAGUUAUAAAAACACAAAUACCCCUCUAUGUAUCUUAACUGGAAAUUGUUAAUGAUCUUUUGCAGCAUGUGACAGUUGUCUUCACCCCGCAGGAAGAAUUCAUAGCAUUUAUUUCUACAGCAUCACAGUGUUUUUAUGCAGCUUUCUUGCUCAGUUAUCUCUUGAAUAAGACUUGAAAAACAACCUCUUAAUAUCAGCGAGACUUUCACCUGGUUGAACAACGAGGUCAAGGGAAAGCAGCUAAGUGCGAAUGCCACAAAAUGAAAUCUGACAGUUAAUCUCACAUUUGACACGAGCCCUGUUGGUACACAGUCGUUAUUCAUUGCUUCUGAAUUCCUGCCUCUGACUCGCAGACCGAGAGAGAGAGAGAGAGAGAGAGAGAGAGAGAGAGAGAGAGAGAGAGAGAGAGAGAGGCUGAUGAGCUGUUUGCGCAGAAUCGAGAGAGGGAGAAAGAGAGAGAGGCGGUGGAUGUCAGUGAGCGAGCAAGCCAAAGAGAGAGAGAGGGAGUGCUUCUCCCUUCCCCUAGCAACGGUCGGCGGUGGUCGUCUCCAGCCUGUUGUUUUCUCUCUCGCUCUCUGUCGUACACACACACAGACACACACACACACACCACUCACUCAUAGACUCCUUCUGUGGCUCUUUCGCUCGCUCAUCUGCCUGUUGGACCCCGGGGUGUCUUUUGACAUUUUUUCCAAAUGACUCUUUUUGCUUCUUCCUGAGAGAUGAAUGCUGUUUUUCGAGGAUAAGCAAAAGAAAAUCAAGGUGAAAAGCAGCAAGAGAAAAGGACUAAAGAAAUAAGAGAGAAGCAGAGUGAGUGAGACAGGGAGAGAAAAGGAGGAUGGAGCCCCUCAGCGCUCGUGGCCUGCCCCGGCUCUCCUGGAUCGACACCCUCUACAGCAAUUUUAACUACAACACAGAUGGCUACGAGGGGGAUGGGGCCGAGGACGGCAAGUCUCAGGAUGGCUCGGAGACGCUGCCCUACAUAGAUGAAUCGCCCACCAUGUCGCCCCAGCUGUGCGCACCCCAAGGCCCCGAUGGCGAGGCGGUCUCCCCCACACCACCAGAGGGCCUGCUGCCUGGGGGAGACACAGAGAAAGGGCUGGAAAUGAAGAAACUGGUGCUGUCUGGUUUCUUGGCCAGUGAGGAGAUCUACAUUAACCAGCUGGAGGCCCUUCUAUUGCCCAUGCGUCCUCUGAAAGCCACAGCCACAACCUCCCAGCCCGUGCUGACCAUUCAGCAGAUAGAGACCAUCUUCUACAAAAUCCAGGACAUCUUUGAGAUCCACAAGGAGUUCUAUGACGCCCUCUUACCCAACAUCCAGCAGUGGGACGAGAAGGUCACUGUGGGACAUUUGUUCCAGAAGCUGGCCAGCCAGCUGGGUGUGUACAAGGCCUUUGUGGACAACUACAAGGUGGCGCUAGAGACGGCAGAGAAAUGCAGCCAAGCCAACAUCCAAUUCCAGAAGAUAUCUGAGAACCUGAAAGUAAAAGGGCCUAAAGACUCAAAAGAUUGUACCACAACUAUCUCAAUGGAAGCUCUCCUUUACAAGCCGAUUGACCGCGUCACCAGAAGCACCCUGGUCCUUCAUGACUUGCUGAAACAUACUCCCAAGGACCACCCGGACUUCCCGCUCCUGCAGGACGCUCUGCGGAUAUCUCAGAACUUCCUCUCCUCCAUCAACGAGGAGAUUGACCCCCGCAGGACUGCUGUCACCACGCCCAAGGGAGAGGCUCGUCAGCUGGUGAAGGAUGGCUUCCUGGUGGAAGUGUCAGAAAGCUCCAGGAAGCUACGGCACGUCUUUCUCUUCACCGACCUGCUGCUCUGUGCCAAGAUGAAGAAGACGGCUGUGGGUCGUCACCAGCAGUAUGAGUGCAAGUGGUACAUCCCUCUGGCAGACCUGACUUUCCAGACGCUGGACGACUCUGACUCUUGCCCCAGCAUCCAAGUCCUACCUGAGCACGAGCUGGAGGAGAUGAAGAUCAAGAUCUCGGUCUUAAAGAGUGAAAUACAGAAAGAGAAGAAAGCGCCGAAGGGUCAGAGCCGCGUGGAGCGUCUGAGGAAGAAGAUGAACGAGCAGGAGUCGUGGCUGCUCACACACUCCCCCACCAUCCCUUUCCGCAUCCACAACAAACAUGGAAAGAGCUAUCUGUUUCUCCUCUCCUCUGACUAUGAGAGGUCUGAGUGGAGGGAAAGCAUCCAGAAACUCCAGAAGAAAGAUCUCCAAGCGUGUGUAUUAAGUUCUGUGGAGCUCCAGGUCCUGACCAGCUCUUGUUUCAAACUCCGGACCGUGCACAACAUUCCUGUCACCAGCAACAAAGAUGAUGAGGAGACUCCUGGCCUGUACGGCUUUCUGCACGUGAUCGUCCACUCGGCCAAGGGGUUCAAGGAGUCAGCCAAUCUAUACUGCACCCUUGAAGUGGACUCAUAUGGGUACUUUGUCAGCAAGGCCAAGACCCGAGUCUUCAGAGACACCACAGAGCCACAGUGGAAUGAAGAGUUUGAAAUUGAACUGGAGGGCUCCCAGCACCUGCGGAUCCUGUGUUACGAGAAGUGUUACGACAAAAGCAUGCUUAACAAGGACGACAACGAGAUUGUGGACAAGAUCAUGGGCAAAGGGCAGGUCCAGCUGGAUCCUCAGACAGUGCAGUCCAAGAACUGGCACAUGGACGUCAUAGAGAUGAACGGGAUCAAAGUGGAAUUCUCCAUGAAGUUUACGAGUCGGGACCUUAGUUUGAAGAGAACGCCGUCCAAAAAACAGAGUGGGGUGUUUGGAGUCAAAAUCAACGUGGUGACAAAGCGUGAACGCUCCAAGGUGCCUUACAUAGUCCGUCAGUGCAUUGAGGAAGUGGAGAAGAGGGGGAUUGACGAAGUAGGAAUCUACAGGAUCUCAGGGGUGGCCACUGAUAUCCAGGCCCUCAAAGCAGCAUUUGACUCCAAUACCAAAGAUAUCCUGGUGAUGCUGAGUGAUAUGGACAUUAACGCCAUCGCAGGGACGCUGAAACUGUACUUCAGGGAGCUGCCGGAGCCUCUGCUCACCGACCGCCUCUACCCCGCCUUCAUGGAGGGCAUAGCACUCUCAGACCCAGCAGCCAAGGAGAACUGCAUGAUGCACCUCCUGCGCUCUCUGCCGGACCCCAACCUCAUGACCUUCCUUACUCUGCUGGAGCACCUCAAACGGGUGGCUGAGAAGGAACCCAUCAACAAGAUGUCCCUCCAUAACCUGGCCACCGUGUUUGGCCCCACUCUGCUCAGGCCCUCAGAGUCGGAGAGCACAAAGGGACAGCACAUCACCUCCGCCUCCGACAUCUGGUCACAUGACGUCAUGGCACAGGUCCAGGUGCUGCUCUACUACCUGCAGCAUCCUCCCAUCUCCUUUGCCGAACUGAAGCGCAACACGCUCUACUUUUCCACUGACGUUUAAUCCCCACCCACCUCCCUCGGGGCGGCGCCUGGAGACGAGAGAGUGGGAGACUACAUACAAACCUUGGUCCCUGCCGCUCGGUCCUCCUGCCUCACCUCUCCUCCCAGCAGGCAGCUCAUCUCAACUGUACAGCCCCCCCCCCCCCACACACACACAACCCAACCCCACCCCAAUCCACAUCUCUCCUCUGUAAACCCCGCAAAACCAACCCCCCCCACCCCCGCCCUGAAAAGAGAUGGAGCCGAACACGAAGUGAGGUGGUGAAGGAGAUUUCCUGGUCGUCUAGUAGUCAUGCAUCAUGUCCUGUUUGUAAUGUGAGGAGAGCAGAGCCGCUCCCCAGCUCCCACCGACAAGACAACAAGGCAUUCUGGGACGACAGUGGGGAAGGUUGAGGGGUCUGGAGGCCACAGCCUGGCGCGGUGGCACAGGUUCAUGCCCAAAGCGUGUGCGGUGUUGUCAUCUAGUGAGCCCCUUUCCAGACACUGGUUCUAUGAUCUCAGAAACCAGUCAACUCAACCUCCAGCUUUUUUUCCUGAUCAGAGGCAUUCCAGAAAAAAUGGCAUUUACAUGUUUUAUAAUUCUGUUCAAAAGCUGUUUUUGUUUCCUUUUUCUGUCUUUCUGGCUUUGUGCAUGUGGUGGAGGAGGCUGAGGUGUAUGAGUGACAAUGUGGAUGUACUUGAGUGAGUGAGUGAGUGAGUGAGUGUGUGUGUGUGUGUUUAAGGGACUAUGAGAACUUGUGAGGUUUAGAAGUGGCUGGGAAGCCAUCCUAAGAAAUGGCUGGCGAUAUGUCUCUCUGUGCUGCCAGACAAGAGAGAACUGCCCUCCCCAGUGAGUCUUGGCCAAAUUAGCCCUAUUUAUUUUAAAUAUAUAUAAUAUGUGUGCCUGUACAGUUCUGUGCAACUAGAGAAAUGCUCUAAGGAGUCUGUUUUUUGAAGUUUAUUCAGGUAGUGAUGUUAUUUUUAGUCUGAUUUUCUCAUUCACCAUGUCCAUGGUUGGUAAGCUGUACGGAAAAGAUCACCAGAACGUCUGCCAAUUGAUUUCAGAUCACUCUGUAGAGGAGAAAGGUCACUCUGUGACUUGAGGGUUGUUGGGAAAAAAAACACACAAUGAAUGGAACAUUUAGCUUUUCUUUUCUUGUUGUUGCAUUGCAAGCCUGUUCCAAGUGUCUUACUGCACCGGUAUAAUCUAUAGAAUGAUUUGUGUAGUUGCCCUCAUUGCAUGUUCAGCUUGUCAAUCAAACCAGGCCAGGUAACACAAAGGUAGGUUGUCAACGCAAGGCCCCUUUGCUAAGACUGGCAAACGUCCAUCUCUGCUGUGUACAAAGCCAACCUUUCUGCUAUCGAGCCUGCGACAUAUCUUAAAAUACUGUAAGCACUGCUAGAUGAGUACUAUUUGAUAUUUUUAAUAUAAGAUUAAAAUAAAAAUAAAAAAUGUUGUAUUUUACUUCUGUUGAGAAGAAUUUCAAUAUACUGUAAUAUUGAGGCUAAAUGUUAAUGUGAACUUUUUCCCCCCUUUUUUUUAGUAAAAUAAAAGUUACCAAAACACUC